AUGGAGAACUACCAGAAGAUGGAGAAGGUCGGCGAGGGAACGUACGGCGUCGUCUACAAAGCCCGCGACCUCAGCACGCCCGAUCACCGCAUCGUCGCUCUCAAGAAGAUCCGCCUCGAAGCCGAAGAUGAGGGCGUUCCCUCCACCGCCAUUCGCGAAAUCUCGCUGCUGAAAGAGAUGAACGACCCGAAUGUCUUGCGCUUGCUCAACAUCGUCCACGCCGACGGGCAUAAGCUGUACCUAGUUCUUGAAUACCUCGACCUCGACCUGAAGAAGUAUAUGGAGGCGCUGCCAGUCAGUCAAGGUGGACGAGGCAAGCCAUUGCCAGAGGGAUGCAUGGAUGGCAAGGGACACUUGGGACUGGGCGCAGACAUGGUCAAGAAAUUCACUCACCAACUGAUCUCCGGCAUGCGCUACUGCCACUCGCACCGCGUCCUCCACCGCGACCUCAAGCCCCAAAACCUCCUCAUCGACAAAGACGGCAACCUCAAGAUCGGUGAUUUCGGUCUCGCCCGUGCCUUUGGCGUUCCCCUCCGUACCUACACCCAUGAAGUCGUCACCCUCUGGUACCGCUCCCCCGAAAUCCUCCUCGGCGGCCGUCAAUAUUCGACCGGCGUCGACAUGUGGUCCGUCGGCUGCAUCUUCGCCGAAAUGGCCACGCGCAAACCCCUCUUCCCCGGCGACAGCGAAAUCGACGAGAUCUUCAAGAUCUUCCGCGUCUUGGGUACUCCAAGCGAAGCCGACUGGCCAGGUGUGACGAGCUUCCCAGACUUUAAGAGCAGCUUUCCCAAGUGGGAGCGCAAGGCAGAUGAUGAGCUGGUCAACGCAGACGGUGUGAGAGUUCUGGGCGACGAGGGUCUGAACUUGCUGGAUGCGUUGUUGGUGUACGAUCCCGCGGGCCGGAUGAGUGCCAAGCAGGCGGUGCAUCAUCCCUACUUCACUGAGGGACCUGGAGGGAAGAUCGUGACGAAUGGAUUCCGCUGA